AACCCAACCUGCUUUUUCAAUUCCUUGUUUGUAGAAUGGAGAAUUCUGUGUUUUCUUCAAGCAGUGCUCCCUGUUCUAAACCAAACACACCUCAUUCUCCUGAGGAGAGCAGUUGGACUAUGUAUUUUCAAGAAUUCAAUGACAAUGAUGAACACACUUCUUUCUCUUCAUCUCCCUAUGAAAAAACUGAUCAUACUCUUGCUUCCUAUGCCUCUUCUUUAGCCCCUCAAGAACUUUCUAACUAUCAUGAUAAUCGUAAGAAACCAUGGCGGAACUUGAUUGGGGUUGCUGUUGAUGAUGAGCUUGAGGACACUGCUAGCUCUCCUGUCAAUAGUCCCAAGGUUUCUCACAUCAAUCAUCAAGGAAAAGGAAAUUUUAGUGUUUCAAAGGGAAAGGGAGGUGAUUCUGGGCAGAAUGAAAUGGAUGCCAGGGGAAGGGAUGAUGGUGAGCCUACAGAUGAAUCAGACUUGAAGAAGAAGGGUCUGUGCUUAGUACCUAUGUCUAUGAUCACAAAAUAUAUUGGUUAAACUUUUAUAUCUUUUUGUGUUUUUUUUGGGUGAAUAAUUUGGUCUUAAAGAUUACCACUUCACGAGAGAAUAAGUUUCUCAGUGAAGGAAAAGAAAAGACAUGUAUAGUUGCUUCUCCAAGAGAAGAUUUUAUUACUCCGUAGUAAAGAUAAAGAGAGUAGAGAUUCUGUGAGGGUAAAAUGCCCUCCACUACAAUAAUCCUAGAUUGUACCAAUCUUUCUGUGUC